AUGGCCCAGGAGGGCUAUCGGGGACUGACGCUGGUGCUGACCUUCCUCUGCUACACCAGCUACCACCUCUCCCGAAAACCCAUCAGCAUUGUCAAGAGCCAGCUGCACCCCAACUGCUCAGCCUUCGGCCCACACCCUCGCAAUGUCUCCAACAGCAGCACGUGGUGCAGCUGGGCACCCUUUGAUCAGGACAACUACAAGGAGCUUUUUGGGGCCCUGGAUAAUGCCUUCCUGGUGGCCUACGCCAUCGGGAUGUUUAUCAGUGGCAUUUUUGGGGAGCGCCUCCCCCUGCGCUACUACCUGUCGGGGGGGAUGGUGCUGAGUGGGCUCUUCACCUCACUCUUCGGCCUCGGCUACUUCUGGGACAUCCACGUCCUCUGGUACUUCAUCGUUGUGCAGGUCUGCAAUGGGCUGGUGCAGACGACCGGCUGGCCUGCCGUCGUGGCGUGCGUCGGGAACUGGUUUGGGAAGGGAAAGAGAGGUUUGAUCAUGGGCAUCUGGAACUCGCACACCUCCGUCGGCAACAUCUUAGGGUCGCUCAUUGCCGGUGUCUGGGUCUCCUCUGCCUGGGGCCUGUCCUUCAUCGUGCCUGGCAUCAUCAUCGCCACCGUGGGCAUCAUCUGCUUCUUCUUCCUCGUGGAGUAUCCCGAGGAUGUUGACUGCAGUCCGCCACUGCAUCAUAUGGCCUCUGAUGAGGAUCCUGGGGGAGUGACCACCAGUGAGAAGGAUCCUGAGGCAGUCACCUCCAACGAGGGCCCGCUCAGCCUCUCAGGCCAGAGCAGUGUGGAUCACUCCAACAGCCCCAAGGAGCCAGCUGAGGAGCCCGAAGCCAUCAGCUUCCUCGGAGCGCUCCGGAUACCCGGUGUGGUGGAGUUCUCCCUGUGCCUGCUCUUUGCUAAGCUGGUGAGCUACACCUUCCUGUACUGGCUGCCCCUCUACAUUGUCAACGUUGCUCAUUUCGGCGCCAAGGAAGCUGGGGACCUGUCGACCCUCUUUGAUGUUGGGGGUAUUUUAGGGGGGAUCUUCGCCGGCCUCGUCUCUGACUACACCGGCGGCAGAGCCACCACGUGCUGCGUGAUGCUGGUCGUUGCUGCUCCCAUGCUGUUCCUGUAUAACCACGUUGGCCAGAAUGGCAUUGGCACAUCAAUAGCGAUGCUGGUCAUCUGCGGUGCUCUGGUUAACGGGCCCUACGCGCUCAUCACGACAGCGGUGUCGGCAGAUCUGGGAACCCACGAGUCUCUCAAAGGAAACGCCAAAGCCCUUUCGACUGUCACGGCCAUCAUUGAUGGCACAGGAUCCAUCGGUGCUGCGCUGGGGCCGCUGCUCGCAGGGCUCAUCUCUCCCACGGGCUGGAACAACGUCUUCUACAUGUUGAUAGCAGCCGACGUCCUGGCCUGCCUGCUCCUUGCUCGUGUGGUGGUCAAAGAGGUCCGUGGCUGGUGCGGCUACAUGGCGAGGAAGAGAGGGUUUAAGGAGUUCUGACGUGCCCCCUGUGAGCUG